CUUAAUCAACAAAGUUGCUGAGGAAUUCAGCUUUACAAUGAAAACUGUUAGCAACAUUUGGCAAAUUGCUAAAGCACAAUUGGAGUCUGGUCUACCUAUUGAUGUUCAAUGCCAUUGGAAAGGAAGUUGUGGUAGAAAAAGGGUCCUUGUAGACAUGGAAAAAAUGGCAGCAAUCCCGCUGUCUAGACGCAAGAACAUGUGUGCACUUAGCUUUGCUAUGGAGGUUUCAAAAUCCACAGUCCACAGAUGGCUAAAGCACAAAGAUAUAAGGAGACAUUUAAGUGCUAUAAAGCCAUACUUAUGUGAGUCAGAGGAACCUGACCCCUACAGAACCACUCAAAGCAAAAGCUUCAUACCAAAGAUCAUGUUCCUGGCUGCAGUUGGCAGGCCAAGGUAUGGGGAGGGUGGAGAUGUGUUAUGGGAUGGGAAAAUAGGCAUUUUCCCAUUCACUUUCGAAGAGGCAGCUCAAAGGGGAGCUAUUCCUGAUUCAUCUAAUACUAAAACAUAUCUGGCUUCCAUGGAGGAACAAUUCAAAGCAACUUCUAAGGCACAUGCUAGUACUCUCAUUUUGAAGAUGGUGACUACGAAAUAUGACGGGAAUAACAGCAUUCGUGAGCAGAUCAUGAUGAUGAACGACAUGGCCCCGAUCAAACCGCUGCUAAGGCGGGUUCCGGCAGACAUCUCUGGCGCGGCGGCGGACGGCCGGCAGACGCGAACCGGCGGCGGCAUCAUCUCCGGCGAGCGGUCGGCAGUAGCUCCGGGCAGAGGUUAGGCUGUUCCAUCACAGCUCCAGUUUACUCAAUUUGUUCAUCUUCUUCAACAAUGGGUAACCUUUAUUUGUCAAUUUUUAUUUUUUUUCCUCCAAUUCUAUGUAAAAGUUUGUUUUUUUAUUCAAUUCUUACAUUUUUGUUUGUUUGUUUGUUUUAAUUUCAAAAAUUUCAAAAAAUGGUUGGUGUUCUU